AUGGUUUCAGAUUUUUUCUACCCUAACAUUGGGGGUGUAGAAAGUCACAUUUACCAGCUAUCUCAAUGCCUCAUGGACCUUGGGCACAAAGUGAUUAUUGUGACCCAUGCUUAUGGUGACAGAAGUGGCGUUCGUAUUAUGACCAAUGGGCUUAAGGUGUACUACCUACCUGUUCUACCGGUGUACAACCAGUGCAUACUGCCGACCAUCUUCUGCAACAUCCCACUCUUUAGAAACAUCAUCAUCAGGGAGGACAUCAACAUCGUUCAUGGUCAUUCCGCAUUUUCAACAAUGUGCCACGAAUCGCUCCUACAAGCAAAUGUCAUGAACUUGAAGACCGUGUUCACUGACCAUUCACUUUUUGGCUUCGCCGACGUUAGCUCUAUACUGACCAAUAAGGUAUUGCAAGUAUCGUUAUCAGGAGUCAAUCACGUGAUUUGCGUAUCGCACACGUGUAAAGAGAACACAGUCUUGCGAGCUGAGAUCAGUCCACACAAUGUUUCAGUCAUUCCGAAUGCCGUAGACGCCUCCAACUUCUUGCCACAACCACGAAAUAAAAACCCACACAGAAUAACGAUCGUUGUGUUGUGUCGUCUGGUGUACAGGAAAGGAGCCGACCUCCUGGCUGAACUCAUCCCAUUUCUAUGCAAACAACAUCCGGACGUUCAAUUCGUUAUUGGUGGCGAUGGUCCAAAGAGGUUGUUGAUUGAAGAGGUAUGUGAGAAGCACUCCCUACAUGACCGGGUUCAACUGCUUGGUAUGAUCGGCCACUCACAAGCUAGAAAUGUUCUGACAAUGGGUGACAUCUUUUUGAACAUGUCUCUUACUGAAGCGUUUUGCAUUGCCAUUGUUGAAGCAGCAUCUUGCGGUUUGAAAGUAGUAAGCACUCACGUCGGAGGCAUUCCCGAAGUCCUACCCACGCACCUCAUCAAGUUGGCACAACCCAAUGUUCACAGUCUGGCUGAACAGCUGAAUGAAGCGAUCGCUGAACGAAGGAUGGUGAAAAAGAUGAAAGAGAUGAUGACGAUUCACAAAGAGGUAGCAUCUUUGUACACUUGGCAGAAUGUUGCCAAAAGAACCCAAGCAGUUUAUGACGUCAUCAGUGGGGAGGAGCCUAAGAAGUUGAUUGACAAGUUGAAAAGGUGGAAUUACGUUGUUUGUGUCCUUAUUCAUUGUUUUGAAUGCAUGUAA